GAGACGUGCAGUACAAGAAAAUCUUCUGCAAGGGGUCCAAACAGUGGAUGGUUAAGAAGGUCUACGAACCCUGUACUCACUACUUCCGGCCGAGUCUUAUCCAGCUGGCCGUAGACCGCAGACAAGACAUUCGCUUCAAGCACAGUCUCAUCUUCCCCAGCCCACCAUGCCACCCAGCAAGUGAAUUUCCAGUCACAUAAGCUACCACUGACAUUCAGUUUUACAAUACAGCCAUCUCACUCAUCUUACCUGCAACGGUGUUGUAAUUGGGUUGACUCUGCUAUACCACAUCCAAACAGCCUAAGCUAUCAUGUCUAACCUCAUCACACAGUCAAACGGACAGGCACACCUUAGUUUGAUGUCACUCCAUUACCCUGUCAAAACUAGAGUGAAUCGCCUAAAAGCUUACUCUGGCAGUGAAAAAUGUUGCAUUGUUGCAGCGACACUAACUGAUACAGUUUGUAUAUAUAAAUAAUGCCUUUGUAUUUCUAAUUUUUGAUUCAUUUUUAUAUAGUGAAAGGUCUCACUUUGAACAACAACCGUUUUUUACAAACUGUAAUAAAAUGUUUUGAUUCAUUGUCUGAUUCACAUAACUAACUGUCUAAUGCCACUUCCCUACUACGGAUGGAACCACUACAGUACCAGAAUCCUACAGAAUAUUUUCUCCUUCAUUCUAUAGGUUGCAUACUUCUAUUUCUGCCUGGUUUGGCAUAGUUCUCCUAGUAGAGAACCGGAAUAAGAGAACUAAGCUGAACCAGGCAGAACUAGAAAUAUGCAACCUACAGCUGAUAAUAAUAUACUGGUUUCUCGGUCCUGUUAAUGUUGCCUGAGCACGCAUAGUACCUGGCCCAGCUGGGCAUCUCAGUCAUUCAUUCUUCACCUCACGUAGUAAGUCAACAAUUUUUUUAUUUUUUUUUAUAUUUUUUUACAUCCAUUCAAAUUAUAAUAGUUCCUCACAGUAUUUGAAAAAUCUUUCCAACACUCUCCCCCUCGAUAAUCAGCGUCUCUGAUAAAUAGGCUAUGGACAUAUUGCGUGUAUUUGGUUCUAUUUUAAUGAUUGUCAAUUUCAUCAUCAUGCUAUAGCAUAGCGGUCCCCUUCAGACUUUCUUUGACAAUUCAUUAUCUUAUAGCCUACUUUCGGAAAGCCUAAGGUAGGCCUAGGUUUUUUCAUACAUUUUAAGGAAAGGAGAAAUAUUAUUAUUAUUUUUUAUUUAUUUCACCUUUAUUUAACCAGGUAAACCAGUUGAGAACAAGUUCUCAUUUACAACUGCGACCUGGCCAAGAUAAAGCAAAGCAGUGCGGUAAAAACAACAACACAGAGUUACAUAUGGGGUAAAACAAAACAAAGUCAAAAAUACAACAGAAAUACAUAUAUAUACAGUGUGUUCAAAUGUAGCAAGUUAUGGAGGUAAGGCAAUAAAUAGGCUAUAGUGCAAAAUAAUUACAAUUAGUAUUAACACUGGAAUGAUAGAUGUGCAAGAGAUGAUGUGCAAAUAGAGAUACUGGGGUACAAAUGAGCAAAAUAAAUAACAAUAUAGGGAUGAGGUAGUUGGGCGGGCUAAUUUCAGAUGGGCUGUGUACAGGUGCAGUGAUCGGUAAGGUGCUCUGACAACUGAUGCUUAAAGUUAGUGAGGGAGAUAAGUGUCUCCAGCUUCAGAGAUUUUUGCAAUUUGUUCCAGUCAUUGGCAGCAGAGAACUGGAAGGAAUGGCGGCCAAAGGAGGUGUUGGCUUUGGGGAUGACCAGUGAGAUAUACCUGCUGGAGCGCAGACUAUGGGUGGGUGUUGCUAUGGUGACCAAUGAGCUAAGAUAAGGCGGGGAUUUGCCUAGCAGUGAUUUAUAGAUGGCCUGGAGCCAGUGGGUUUGGCGACGAAUAUGUAGUGAGGACCAGCCAACAAGAGCGUACAGGUCACAGUGGUGGGUAGUAUAUGGGGCUUUGGAGACAAAACAGAUGGCACUGUGAUAGACUACAUCCAAUUUGCUGAGUAGAGUGUUGGAGGCUAUUUUGUAAAUGACAUCGCCGAAGUCAAGGAUCGGUAGGAUAGUCAGUUUUACGAGGGCAUGUUUGGCAGCAUGAGUGAAGGAGGCUUUGUUGCGAAAUAGGAAACCGAUUCUAGAUUUAACUUUGGAUUGGAGAUUCUUAAUGUGAGUCUGGAAGGAGAGUUUACAGUCUAACCAGACACCUACAUAUUUGUAGUUGUCCACAUACUCUAGGUCAGACCCGUCGAGAGUAGUGAUUCUAGUCGGGUGGGCGGGUGCAAGCAGCGUUCGGUUGAAGAGCAUGCAUUUAGUUUUACUAGUGUUUAAGAGCAGUUGGAGGCUACUGAAGGAGUGUUGUAUGGCAUUGAAGCUCGUUUGGAGGUUUGUUAACACAGUGUCCAAUGAAGGGCCAGAUGUAUACAAAAUGGUGUCGUCUGCGUAGAGGUGGAUCUGAGAGUCACCAGCAGCAAGAGCGACGUCAUUGAUAUACACAGAGAAAAGAGUCGGCCCAAGAAUUGAACCCUGUGGCACCCCCAUAGCUCUUGUGUCUGACAUACAGUUCAUUCGGAAAGUAUUCAGACCCCUUCACUUUUUCCACAUUUAGUUACGUUACAGCCUUAUUCUAAAAUUGAUUAAAUAAAACAUUUCCCCUCAUCAAUCUACACACAAUACCCGAUAAUGACAAAGCAAAAACAGGUUUUAGACAUAUUUGCUAAUUUAUAACAAAUAAAAACCUAAUGCCUUAUUUACAUAAGUAUUCAGACCCUUUGCUAUGACAUUUACAUUUUAGUCAUUUAGCAGACGCUCUUAUCCAGAGCAACUUACAGUUGCAGUGAAUGCAUACAUAUUUUUUUGUUUUUUUUCAUACUGGCCCCCCAUGGGAAACGAACCCACAUCCCUGCCGGCCAAACCCUCCCCUACCUUGGACCAAUUGUGCACCGCCCAUGGGUCUCCCGGUCGCAGCCGGCUGCGACAGAGCCUGGACUCGAACCAGGAUCUCUAGUGGCACAGCUAGCACUGCGAUGCAGUGCCUUAGACCACUGCGCCACUCGGGAGACUCGAACUGGAGCUCAGGUGCAUCCUGUUUCCAUUGAUCAUCCUUGAGAUGUUUCUACAACUUGAUUGGAGUCCACCUGUGGUAAAUUCAAUUGAUUGGACAUGAACUCCCGAGUGGCGCAGUGGUCUAAGGCACUGCAUCGCAGUGCUAGCUGUGCCACUAGAGAUCCUGCUUCGAAUCCAGUGUCGUCUAGGGUAGGGGAGGGAAUGGCCGGCAGGGAUGUAGCUCAGUUGGUAGAGCAUGGCGAUUCCCAUGUGGGGCCAGUAUGAAACAUUUAAAAAUAAUGUAUUCACUCACUAACUGUAAGUCACUCUGGAUAAGAGCAUCUGCUAAAUGACUAAAAUGUAAUGAUUUGGAAAGGCACACACCUGUCUAGUUGCAUGUCAGAGCAAAAACCAAGGCCAUGAGGUCGAAGGAAUUGUCCGUAGAGCUCCAAGACAGGAUUGUGUCGAGGCACAGAUCUGGGGAAGGGUACCAAAAAGUUUCAGCAGCAUUGAAGGGCCCACGAACACAGUGGCCCCCAUCAUUCUUAAAUGGAAGAAGUUUGGAACUACCAAGACUCUUCCUAGAGCUGGCUGCCUGAGCAAUCGGGGGAGAAGGGCCUUGGUCAGGAAGGUGACCAAGAACCCGAUGGUCACUCUGACAGAGCUCCAGAAUUCCUCUGUGGAGAUGGGAGAACCUUCCAGAAGCCUUCCUAUAGCCUAUUUAUCUUCAGGUGAUUCUUAACCAUUGACACAGCUUCGCCUGAGAUGGCUGCUGUUCAUGGUCUUGUGGUUCUGAAUGUGAGAUUGUGGGAAUUCCAAUUAUCAAUGUCCGUGGUGCUGAAUUGGAAACUCUACUAUAACGCUAUUUGCUUAUUUGUUUACCUUUACCAGUUUUCACGUGAUAAUGUCACCACAGUAACCUGCUACUAAUGAUGUUAGUAGUGAUGAUCAAUUAUUAGUUUUCUAUAUAAACAUAUGGAUUGGUAACCACUCUCUCCCCCUUACUCUCUUUCUCAGAGGCAAAUUAUGCCAGCAGCACCAGAGUCCCUUCCCCUGGUGACGUGCCAGCCCAUUGGUCAGACCGCCCUGUGCCCCUCCUCUAGUCCCGCCCUCUAUCCUGGCAGAUCCAUGCUGCUGGACACGCCCCACAGAGCCACUCCCACACCAUGAGCGCCAACGGGCCCGCCUCUGCCCCGGCAGCCCCAGCUGCAACCCCAGUCGCCCCGCCGGUGCCCAGUCCGGUAGCUGUCCCUCCGGCUGCCCCGGUCCCGGUGCCGACCGUCCCGGUGGGCGCGUUGGCACAGAAGAAGCGGGCGCAGUACGCCAAAAGCAAGAAGCAGGGCAGCAACGCCAACACCAGGCCUGCCAGGGCCCUGUUCUGCCUCAAACUCAACAAUCCCAUACGAAGAGCCUGCAUCAGCCUGGUAGAGUGGAAGUAUCCUUCACAACAGACCAGAGUGUGUGUGUGUGUCUGGGGGGUCAGGGGAAUGUUUGGCUGGAUGUCGGUAAUCUAUACCUUGUACUUUAGUGUGUGUUGCAGUGUGUGAUGUGUAGGUGAGUGCAUGAGAAGAACCAUCAGGGGCUCAGUUAAGGUCGAUUCAGGGCCAUCAGGCGAAUUUCCGCCCAUGCACCAAUUCAUGAUUUCCGUUUGUCUGAACCGUACAGUUGGUUAAAUGUUGAGUUGCACCUAGCCCAUGCCUAGCUUUAGUUUAGCCAUGUGCAGAGACUGUAUCCCAUCUCCAUUACCCCUCACACUCCAGUACAACUAGACAAGAGACACACCUUCAUGUUAAUCUCACUGCAGAGUGUGACUCACGACCCAAAACAAGAGUAUGAAAGUGAAACAGCAAGUCAACAUUUACUUUUAAUCAGUUCAUUCUAGCGUAGGUAGCCUACUGUAGGGAAAAGACAGAUUAUUUGACAGCUAUAGCCAGCGAUGCGGGAAUCAUUCUAGACUUUGUGUUUUUUCGGCGGUGCGUGCAAGAGAAUAGUCAACUGGAGGUUAAAGAAAUGAAAGAACAAAGUCAUUUUUUGCUGCCUCCUAAGGCGCAGUGAAAGUCACCACGUCCUAAAUCUUAAAAUACUGGUGGGGCGAGGGUGACUCAGUGACACGACACAGCUGUGUGAGCCUCUGCUGGGACGCUGCUGCUCCAGAAGACACAGUCAUCCGAACACUGUGAUAACUCUGCAAAUGAUCUCAUGUUAUUUAGAUGGGCCCUGAAUUGCCAAGUUGCAUUUUUAAUGUCAUUAUGCCUUUUUCUGACUCUCGCAACUUCCGAUGUCUUUGGCUUGAACUCUGUCUGUGUUUGAUGACUAUUGUUUGAACAGGAAAUAGUCAAAUGUUGACAUUGUGAAUAUAUUCAUGUGAUCCACUGCUUUGAUGAUUUUCCCUUAACCUUGUCUUCCAGGCCAUUUGAUAUCUUUAUAUUAAUUGCUAUUUUUGCCAACUGUAUGGCCUUAGCUGUGUACAUCCCCUUCCCUGAGGAUGACUCCAACUCCACAAACCAUGAC